AUCAUUUAGCACCAACAAUUGGGCAUGCUUACCAGUUACCACAAAGCUUACCAAGCACGAAUCAAUCAACGAGAGUCGUUUAAAAGCACAACAAAAACGUAACAUCCCACUUCAAUUUGGCGCCUUGGUUUAACCUUUUGAAUACAGUACCUUCUUUGUGUAAAAUCUUCAUCUUUCGGCAUCUGGGUUUUUUGGGUUGAACUUAGAUCGCCAGAAUGGAGCAACAGCAACGAAACUCUAAAGUGAUUGCUCAAGAAUCAGAAGAUGUCGAAGAUAUACAACAUGGCCCUUUUCCUGUCGAACAACUUCAGGCAUCUGGAAUUGCAGCCAUGGAUGUUAAAAAGCUUAAAGAUGCUGGUCUAUGUACGGUGGAAGCUGUUGCCUAUUCUCCACGCAAGGAGCUUCUUCAGAUAAAAGGGAUUAGUGAUGCAAAAGUCGACAAAAUCAUUGAAGCUGCUUCCAAACUGGUUCCUUUGGGAUUUACCAGUGCUACUCAGCUCCAUGCACAGAGACUUGAGAUCAUUCAAAUAACAUCUGGCUCCAGGGAGCUUGAUAAAGUCCUGGAAGGAGGAAUUGAAACAGGAUCAAUCACCGAAAUUUAUGGCGAGUUUCGUUCUGGAAAGACUCAGCUAUGUCAUACACUUUGUGUCACAUGCCAACUUCCAUUAGACCAAGGAGGGGGUGAAGGGAAAGCAAUGUAUAUUGAUGCUGAGGGCACAUUCAGGCCACAGAGACUUCUACAGAUUGCAGAGAGGUUUGGGUUGAAUGGUGCUGAUGUAUUGGAAAAUGUUGCUUACGCAAGAGCAUAUAAUACUGAUCAUCAAUCUAGACUUUUGCUUGAAGCAGCAUCAAUGAUGGUGGAAACAAGGUUUGCUCUUAUGAUAGUAGACAGUGCCACAGCGCUCUACAGGACAGACUUCUCAGGAAGAGGAGAGUUAUCAGCCAGGCAAAUGCACCUUGCUAAGUUCCUUAGGAGCCUUCAGAAGUUGGCAGAUGAGUUUGGUGUUGCUGUCGUGAUCACGAAUCAAGUGGUUGCUCAAGUGGAUGGUUCAGCAGUGUUCGCUGGUCCUCAAAUUAAACCCAUCGGUGGGAAUAUAAUGGCUCAUGCUUCCACAACUAGACUAGCUCUUAGAAAGGGAAGAGGGGAAGAGCGCGUAUGUAAAGUUAUAAGUUCCCCUUGUCUUGCUGAAGCGGAAGCCAGGUUUCAGAUUUCGGCAGAAGGUGUUACUGAUGUUAAAGACUAAUUGCUGCGCCUGUUUCUUCAAAUGCUGCAUUGAAGAGUUUGUACUAAAUUUCUCUUCCACACUAUUGCUUGGAUGAGAGUGUACAUUUUUUUUACAUAGUUUACUUUUAGUAGCAAUUGUAGAUCCUUAGCUCGGAUGCUUUCUUCACUCUUCAGAUACUUGUAUUCUCUUCAACAUUUUUUGAUAUCGAAGAGUUGUGCAACAUGUACUCGACUGGAAAUUCAAUCUACAACCUGAUAGCUUGUAAUUCGAAAAUAAAUUGAAACAUAACUCAAGUUAAGUUAAUGAAACGGCAUGAUGUUCAUCU